AUGACAGUCAUCCAGUCCGACAUCCCCUAUGACCCGAUCACGCUCAGUCUCUUUGCGAACCGCUUCAUGAACGUAGCCGAGGCUAUGGGCCGGUCUCUGCAGCAGACAUCCAUCUCUACCAACAUCAAAGAGCGCCUCGACUACUCGUGCGCCUUGUUCAGCCAUACCGGUGACCUCGUCGCCAAUGCGCCCUUCAUCCCUGUCCAUCUCGGCUCCAUGUCUUUCGCCGUCAAGUUCCAGCUUGACCGAUGGAAGGGUGAUCUCAAGGCAGGAGACGUGCUGCUCGCCAACUCGCCCAUCGCCGGUGGCUCUCACCUGCCCGAUCUGACAGUCAUCACGCCUAUCUUUGACCCUACACCAGGCAAGGAAGGGGACAUCAUCUUCUUUACUGCUUCUCGAGCGCACCACUCGGAUAUCGGCGGUAUCACCGGCGGGUCCAUGCCAGCUACGAGUACGCUCUUGGCGGAGGAGGGCGCCGAGAUCGUCUCGUUCAAGCUGGUUUCUGGCGGCAAGCUCGACGCCAAGGGCUUGUACAGGCUGUUGGUGGAGGAGCCGGCCAAGUUCCCAGGUGGUAGCGGAUGUAGGAACUACCGCGAUGUUGAGAGUGACAUCAAAGCGCAAAUUGCCGCCAACCACAAGGGCUCUCAGCUCCUUCACUCGCUUGUGGGCGAGUACACCCUGCCUGUCGUACACGGCUACAUGUCAUACAUCCAGCAAAACGCCGAGCAAGCGGUACGCAACAUGCUGCUCGCUGCGGCCAAGUCUGCUGGGAGCAACGUCUUGCACGGCAAAGACUUCCUCGAUGAUGGCUCGCCAAUCUGCCUGGCCAUCACGAUUGACGAGAAGACCGGCGAUGCGACUUUCGACUUUACCGGGACCGGCGCAGAGGUCAACGGAAACCUGAACGCUCCUAUCUCGGUCGUCCACUCUGCGAUAAUCUACUGUAUGCGCGCUAUGGUCAACCAAGAUAUUCCCCUGAACGCCGGCUGUCUCGUACCUCUGACCAUCGUCAUCCCGGACGAAUGCCUCUUGAACCCUUCGCCCGAAGCGGCCGUCUGCGCGGGCAAUGUCCUCACCUCGCAGCGUAUCACCGAUGUCGUCCUCCUCGCCUUCCAGGCCUGCGCCGCUAGUCAGGGAUGCUGCAACAAUCUGUCCUUCGGCGUUGGAGGAAAGGACGCGGUAACGGGCGAGGUCAAGAAGGGAUGGGGAUACUACGAGACCAUCGCUGGUGGCAGUGGGGCGGGACCGACUUGGGACGGAGCAUCAGGUGUUCAUUGCCACAUGACCAACACCCGUAUUACCGAUCCCGAGAUCCUCGAACGCCGAUACCCCGUCAUUCUGCACGAAUUUGGUCUACGUCCUGACUCUGGCGGCGUCGGCCUCCAUCACGGCGGCAACGGUGUCAUCCGGGAUAUCGAGUUCCUCGAAGGCAUGCAGGUCUCGCUCUUGACCGAACGGCGGUCCCGGGCGCCGUACGGCCUGAACGGCGGUGGCGAGGGCAGAGUCGGCGUCAACACCUGGCUGAAGCAGUCGGACGGGGUGGUCAGGCGCAAGGUUAAUCUCGGGGGCAAGGCGAGCAUCAAGGUGACAGCUGGGGAUAGGUUGGUUCUGCAUACGCCUGGAGGGGGGGCAUGGGGAGCGGGGGAGAGGAGGAACGAGGCGGGGGCGGUGAAGACCAAGUCGGGACAUGCGUGGGAGCCGAGAGGCAGUCUGGCGGAGAAGGCCUCGGCUGAGGCGGCCUUCGGCGCAUGA